AUGGCAGAGGUGUGGGAAACCAGAGGUCCCACUGAUGCGCAGAAGCGGAUCUCAUUUGGGUCAUGUCAAGAGCGGAAAAUAUUCCCUUUCCACCAUGCCCCAGACAGGCUGGGAGUCCAUAUGAUAGCCAUUAGUGGAAACCCGGCGCUUGGACCAGGCUGUUACCUGAGUCAAGAGAGAAGCAGCUUCAGAUACUCUUUGGAAAACAAACCACUGAGCCAGAAGGGCUACGUGCUAGGAGCAAGAACAGCCCAGCGUUUCAUACCAGAGCCACAGACUGUGACUCCCAGCCCAGCAGCAUACCAGUCACUCUGGAAGAAAGAAAGAAAAUGCCAGCCUGCCUAUGCUCCAUUUUCCAUUAAGACACCACGAUUUCCAGAUAAACCUUCAGAUAAAGAAUUUUUCCCUGGACCUGGAACUUACGAAGCAGACAAGCGAUUGCACAAAAAAAUCACUUGGCCGAUGAAGUUUGGGUCUCCAGACUGGUCUUUAGUGCCAAUGCCAGCAAAGAGGAUGCUAAAAAUGGAGGUACAGAAGCUGACCGUAGACAAAGAAUAUAGGAAACACCGGGACCGAACUGUGACUCCCAGCCCAGCAGCAUACCAGUCACUCUGGAAGAAAGAAAGAAAAUGCCAGCCUGCCUAUGCUCCAUUUUCCAUUAAGACACCACGAUUUCCAGAUAAACCUUCAGAUAAAGAAUUUUUCCCUGGACCUGGAACUUACGAAGCAGACAAGCGAUUGCACAAAAAAAUCACUUGGCCGAUGAAGUUUGGGUCUCCAGACUGGUCUUUAGUGCCAAUGCCAGCAAAGAGGAUGCUAAAAAUGGAGGUACAGAAGCUGACCGUAGACAAAGAAUAUAGGAAACACCGGGACCGAGUGGCCUACUUGAGUUUGUACUACAGCUGAGGAGCCCGGGCUGCCGCCA